AUGGCCAACAUCUUGAGUGCCUUCGAUGAGUCCUGUGAUGCAGACUGCCAAAGGUGGCACCGCAUCUCGCGAGGGUUGGAGGGCAUCUUCGUGUUCACGUUGGCAGACAUUAUCAUGGACUUCUGUAGCCUCAUCCUGACCUCCAUCAUGUUUGUCGCGCACUUCUUCUAUUACCAGAACACGAAGAUAGUCUUCGGCGGUGCAGGGUUCCGGGACGCAGUGCUCAAGACUUUGAAGAACACAGUUGCUGGCGCAAGAAGAUCAUUGGGCGGCCAAACACACGUAGGUGAACGGGCAGACCAUGCACCAACCACAGACGCAACCCUUGCCUUGGAGCCAGGAGCAGCUCCUUCUGCCGACACAAAGACGGAGCAGACAAACGCCGUCUUCUGGCUUUCGCUGAAAAUUUCUGUGGGCGUGCUGGUUUUUGCAGGUGUCACAUGUGACUUUGUGGCAAAGUUCUUCAACUUAAGGACCGCUGAGGGCAUUGAGGAGGAUAUGGCGAUCUUCGUGGAUGCUCAGUGCAUGAGCAAAGGGGACUCCUAUGCCGCGUUGAUCAACUUACGGGAGACGCUGAAGGAGCUAAAAGAGAACAGCAUCUGGAUGCUUCUGAUUGCAAGUGCCACUGCUGUGGGAGACAUCGCUGGCGUUCUGGUGUCAACACAUGAAGUGACAAUUACCACGAUCGUCCUCACAUGUCUGAUGAGCCUAGGAGAAACAGCCUUCACACUCUAUGAUUUCACCAGCAACAUUGUUGUUCUCUUGGCGGAAGUGAACAAGAUUUCCAAUGCGGCCCUUGGAGAAGUUGGAGAGAUCAACGGCAUCAUGUGCGCAACUUUGCAUCCCGACUACACGGAAGUGAAGGUUAACUUCGUGGAGCCAAAUGCGGCAAGGGCGGUUCUUGGAGUUGGACUUUACCUCAUCUUGUGUAUCGUGCUGGCGGUGAUGAUGUAUUUCAUCUUGCAAAAAUCGAGGUUUCGUUGA